AUGGCAGCGGAUUCUCCUAUGUCUCUCGAUAUGAGAGAGUGCUCGCGCCACAGCAGGCCGUCGAGUCGGCGGCCGUCGCGGCUCUCGGGUCGGGGAUCUACAACCUGUACGCUUCCUCGCCCCGGAAACGCGUCGGAUGGGAUGUCGGCUUUGAUGGGGAAGCCCGUGCGAGUGAACCCCUUUGCAGGUAACUCGGGAAUCAGUCAGCCGAAUCCUUUCCUGGCGAUGCUUGUGUCGGAGGGCAUGACACACCUCGACGCGAUGUCUGAAGAGGUGACCAGGUGUGUGUCCCCGUCCCGCCCCUCUCUGGAAGGCUCCACCAGUCGCACGACUUCCUCUGUGUCGACCCCUGCGUCUCCUCGGUUUCUUCAUCCACACUACAACUCGGGAAGCGCCUUUGCUGGAAGCGGCGGCCUCGAUCCAAUGCCGAGCGCAGGGCCCUCCAAGAGGCGGCGCAGCAUUCAGGUCGAUGGGAGGGACCACGUGGCCUCCAGCUGCUCGGACUUCUCUCCCUCUUCAUCUGGUAGCGCAGCUGCGUCUGGAUCUUGCGGUCUUUCUUCUUCGUCCGCGUCUCCUCUGCCGUUCGCCCCCUUCUGGCAAGCGGAAGGCGAGGAGCCUAUAACCCCAGCUGCUGGCUCCCUGCCUUCCAUCUCCGUCACGACGCUUGACGCGGGGGGUGCAGGGGGAGAGAGUCUAGGAGCCAAGCAGGACUGCGGGAGCGCGGGAAGCGGCGGCGCGUCACUGUCCAAGGAGGAGAAGAAAUCGUCCCCGAUCGUGUACAUCGACAGCGGCUGUUACUCGCCCUGUUACCACACCUCCAUGACUGCGCCGCCUCCCGCGCUCUCUCUCGCGACUCUGCCUACGCACUCGCUCGACGGAGACCGUGAAGCUCGAAGGCGGAGAAAGGCGUGUAUGUCUGUGCUGCGGUCGGUCCAGUCGUCGCUCCAGUCGUCGCUCCAGUCCUCUCCAGACAACUCGCCGCAUCUCGGCCCUCGGCCAGAGCCUCAAGGCGCAUCUUCGCUUCAGACUUCCGCGACCGCUGCGCCGCCGCCGCCGCCCGCAGUUCGCCAGCCGUUCUUCCCGUCGGUGUUUCAGAGCCCCGCGCCGAGCGCGGCCGCCUCAGCGUCGCUGACGCCCUCGUGGGGGAAGGCGCGAGUACGCGGCGCAGGCGUCGUCUCCACUGGGGCCCCGCGGCGCUCCAGUGACGGCGACGUCCAGCAGAGGAGGUCUGACGGAGAGAUGGAAGACGCGUCUGCGAUGCCCUCUCUGUGCCAUCCAGGGACGGCAGGUGCGAGAGACGCCUCGACGCCUUUCGCGCCCUCGCCAGCCAGCCAGACGCUGUCUCCGCUGCACGUCCGGCUGCGGCCCGAGUGGUUUUCGCCCUGCACACUGGCGACGCUCAUCGGUGCGAGCGUCCACGCAUACGACGAAAUCCGCGCCGCCUACCCGCCACCCGAGCCGCCUCCGCGCACGUGCGUCAUCUCGCUGCCUGCGUUCUAUAGCCAGCUACCGCCCCACCUGCUCAAAGGCGCCGUCCUCCUCGACGCCGAGGCGCCGGCGCUGGGCACAUCUUCCUCCCUCUACGCCAUCGAAUGCUCGCAGUGCCUCGUAGGGAAGUCCGGAGGCGAAGGUGGGUGGUGUGGCGCCGGCCAUGGGCAGGCGACUCUGCAGUCGGCGAACGCAGCCUCUGGAGAGGGAACCGCCGCCGGAAGCGACCGCCGACCCCACCUGCCUGCGCACCUUCAUGGCGAGUUUGACAUCAUUAUCUGUGAAACGAGAACUGUGACCGUUGCGGCGCUGGAUGCUAUUGCCGCAUGCAUCCGAGCGCUUUGUCGGCAGAGAGUGCCCCCUAUUGGGGCUGCAAGCGGCACAGGCGGCCAAGCGUGGGGCAGCGUCGACGCCGCUGCCGAGGCACUCAGUGGGUUGUCCCUGGUGGGCGCUGGAAGCGCGAAGUCAUGUAAAGACGCAUCGUCCUGCCUUCCGUGUUCUGCUCGCGUGAUCAUGCUCUCCACGUGUCUUCUGGCGCCAGUGGUAGAAGACCUCUUGGGCCUGCGGCAGUGUGCGUUUCAGCCGUACAUUCCGUCCUCGGCUCUCUCCUCGCUUCAGCUGCAGUGCAUUUACAGCAACUUCACGACGUUCCCGGGUCUGCAGAGACACAACAACGUCGAUUUCUCCACGCGCGUGAGAGUCAAAUCGAGCUCGCGGGCGGCGCCCUCUGGCGGGGCUUCCAGGGACUCCUCCCGGCAGCGGUCGCGGUCAGGAGACAUUCCGAGGGCGCAGGGCUUUGGCGGAGAACAGGUGCUCGGCAGCGACGCAAUGAUCGCCCGCGCACUCGUCCUCCAGUCUGAGGAAGAGCUUCAAGCGUCUCUGCGGGGUCAGGAGAGCGGGACUUUAGCCCUCUACGACGACUCCACGGAGGCCCAGUCGCUUGAAGCCCGGCAGGAGUCCGAGAGGCAGGAAGCGCGCCUGCUGUCCACCUUCAACGACCUCCACUUGCAGGGCUCGCCGAUGGCAGAGGCCACUGCAUCGCGCCUCGCUGCGUCAAACGGGCAGCGAACGAUGGCGGAGACCGGUGCUUAUGCCUCGCUUGGCUUCGCCGCCAACAGUAUCCUGCCACCGUCUCUUCAGAAAGCCCAACAAGCACGCGACGGGACGACGCAGGCGCAAACAGACCACUCGAGCGCGGGCCAUGGAAAGGCCUGCAGAGGAAUCACCAUGCGGUCCGCCGACGAUCCUGGCGAUGACGAGAUCGACUAUGAACUAGAAUGCGGGAGCCACUUUGGCAUGAUCGCCCAUGAAAUAUAA